AUGGGUCAUUUCUGCACAUUACUCAGGCAAAUGUUCAGCGACGGCCAGCGAUUAGACCCAGAAGACAUUAGCUACAUACUUAAGAGCAGACAAAAUUCAACGUGGACAGAAUGCAUUUCAGAAUGGGGCGUCGUAGCCGUCAGUAUUGACCUACUAAAGGUGGAUAUCAACCAGUGUGACAACAACGGUGGCAUGUUUGCUGGCUCUCACAAGUGCAAGGUCAGCUCGACAAAGUGCGUCCAUCGACCGGGCCACGGAUUCCAGCGCGGCAGCUACGAUUGCGUGUGCAAGGACAAAUUCCACUUUCCCGACCCGUCGGCGAAGACGAAACGCUUCAACGGAAGUGACGUCGAGCGAGCCUACCUACUGUGGAGGAACAAUUACUCAGCGCCACCUGGCGGCUCGUUGGCGAACUUCACCGAUUACGAUAGAGGAUACGAAUGUGUUGCGUGCAAGCGUGGCUGCGAUACUUGUGAAGACGAUGCGCCGUGCUUCGUGGAGUACAACGCUCUACUGAGGGGCGUGGCGCUCGGCAUACAGACAUUCUGUAUGACCAUCGCUUUAUUUCUAGGUAUCGUCGUUUUUCGAGUGAGAAAGAAUAGGAGCCUGUAUAGCAGCAUCUGGCUGAUAUUGGAGGUCAUGUUGUUCGGAGCACUACUGCUUUAUGCCACGGAGAUAAGCUCGCGGCAAACCUUGGAUGCCUCGGGGAGCGUUGUCCAGAGAGGUUCGUACAUGUCGCUGGUCUCGAUUCAACCCCAGUUGGUUGGUGAUGGCAAUGUUGCGUACCAGAGCCACUGUCAAGACAACAACAUCAGUGUCAACUGUGCGGAUGAGGAUCUUCUUGUGGCCAUUGUGAGCAGCGUGGGCAACGUCAUGAGCUGUCAUGAUGUUGAGCUUCGUGGUUGCAAGGGCUGCACUGGCUUCAGCAUCUGGAUGAUGACCGCUCCAUCUAGCACAAUGCAGCUGGUUGGAGUUGUCAAACUGCAGCUGACCCACUUCGUGUGCAUGACGGAGGGCGUCUACAGCUCCAGGUGGCGCGAUCUCCUUGUUUCUUCGUGGAACGGUUCGAUGAGCAUGGCAACCUCUGGUUUUGCCAUCAUCCACUAUCGUAGAGCGCUGGAGUUGUCACCAGUCACCAAGGGUCUUCAGUGCUGCCAUUUUGAUAUAAAGACCGCCGAAGAGGACGACAAACUUUUCUACAGCAUACUCCUGUGGCCACUUCCACUGGAUUUCCUUUGCCAAAGCAAACAGCGGCUGGUCGCAUGUGACCACUGGAGUCUGGCUAGGAUUGAGAUGUUCCACUACAAUCUUGAUCAUAUCCAUGGAGUGCUUAAUCAUAGCCACGGUGUGGGAGCUCUGCAGGAAGAGUGGGGGCAGUGCGGUGGGACAGAUGUCCCGACUGGCUGGCAUGUCCUACUGGCUUGCGUGGUUGUGAUCAAUAUUGUCUACCGCGGCAGUCGUAAAGACUUUGCCUCUCAUCUUGAUAGGGCAGACUACUUGUUCCUAGAUUCUGAACUGUUCCAGACAGUACACAGGGUGUUAGCAGAAUUUCAGUCACGAAAGGCGCGCCGCGUUCACGUGCGAGAUCGCGACGUCUUCAAAUACCUGGCCGGCAUCGUGCUGGUCGUGAUCGGAUUCAUGUCUGCUUAUGGUACUGUGAACAUGGAUCAUAUUCGAGACGGUAUCAACCUCAUUGACAUCGGGCAGACGGUCGAAGAGACAAAGUUCCACAUCUGCAGGCUAAAUUGGUGGGACUACGUUAUCGAAAUCGCUGAGUUUCUGUUCCUGUGCAUGGGAAUAUAUAUGAGCUACUGCAUACGAUCCGCGCCUUCAGACUUCCACGAAACACGAUGGCUGAGUUUAGCCGUCUAUAUAGAGGCGCUCGUGUCGGGAACGCUACAUGUAUUAAGGCAUUUUCUCUGGCUGGUCGUGAAUCCAGACUAUAUCUACCUGAUGUAUUUUGUCCGAUGUCAGCUUACCGUGACGCUGAUGAUCAUAUUGAUUUUCGGACCAAAGAUUUGGUACGCCCACAAGAAAGAUGAGGACGAGUAUAGCGGGAAUCGGGGUCGUGCGUUCUCGUCUGCAGACAUCAGCGAUCACAUGACCCCGGAAACAAUGAAGCUACAAGAUGGCUUCGCGGGAAAUGGUGACGUUGACAUCGGAGAGGUUAACAUUGCCGACAUGGAUCCUGAAGAUAUAAAGGCCGAGUUGAAGCGCGUCUACACGCAGCUGCAGAUUCUCAAGACAAAGACGAUGCGAAAGGACAAUCCGCACAUCUCCAAGCGACGCGGCGGCCGCAAGAACACGCAUCGUCGCUUCUCACUGCAGGCCUUCCACCACCACCACCGCCACCGGCAGCACCAGCGCUCCGAGCAGCAGCAAGCCGAAGCGAGCGAGGCCGAACACGAGAACCUGCCGAAGACGCCCGAAGAGUCGACGGCGAGCGUCGAGAACGUGGCGAUCCCGCUCGAGGAGCGACGGAGCGACGCGGGCAUCUCGCCGUCGAUGUCGUUUCGACCACAGCGGGAGCGACUCGGACACGGCGGAUCCACGCGUAGUGCAGCUGAUCGUUAUGAUAAGAUAUAGAGAGACAUUGGGGAGGAGGAAGAUGCU